AUGGCGAUAGACCGGCGGCGCGAGGCGGCGGGCGGCGGGCCCGGGCGGCAGCUGCCCCCGGCCGAGGAGAACGGCUCCCUGCCGCCCGGGGACGCGGCGGCCUCGGCGCCCCUCGGGGGGCGCGCGGGCUCUGGCGGCGGCGGCGCGGAGAUCCAGCCGCUGCCUCCCGGUGCUGGCGGCGCGCACCCGGGCUGCUGCUCGGCGGCGGCGGCCCCGAGUCCGCUGCUGCUGGACUACGACGGGUCGGUGCUGCCCUUCCUCGGGGGCCUGGGCGGCGGCUACCAGAGGACCCUCGUGCUGCUCACCUGGAUCCCCGCGCUCUUCAUCGGCUUCACCCAGUUCUCGGAUUCGUUCCUCCUGGACCAGCCCAACUUCUGGUGCCGCGGGGCCGGCAAGGGCUCCGAGCUGGCGGGGGCCGCGGCUGGCGGCCGCUGGGGCGACCUGGGCAACUGGACCAGCCCCGCGCCCACCACCUUCUCUACUGGGGCCUGGGGGGCGACGGGCAACGGCAGCGACCCCGGCGGCGACACGCCGCCCCUGCCGUCCCCUCCGGACAAGGCGGACAACACCUCCAAUUGCGACUGCCACGCGUGGGACUACGGCAUCCGCACCGGCCUCGCCCAGAACGUGGUCAGCAAGUGGGAUCUUGUGUGUGAUAAUGCCUGGAAGGUCCAUAUCGCUAAGUUCUCCUUACUGGUUGGAUUAAUCUUUGGCUACCUAAUAACGGGAUGCAUUGCUGACUGGGUUGGCCGGCGGCCUGUGCUCCUGUUUUCCAUCAUCUUCAUUCUGAUUUUUGGACUGACUGUGGCACUGUCAGUGAACGUGACCAUGUUCAGCACACUCAGGUUCUUUGAAGGAUUUUGCCUGGCCGGAAUAAUUCUCACCUUGUAUGCAUUACGAAUAGAGCUGUGCCCCCCAGGAAGACGGUUCAUGGUCACCAUGGUGGCGAGCUUCGUGGCCAUGGCGGGCCAGUUUCUCAUGCCCGGGCUGGCUGCCCUGUGCCGGGACUGGCAGGUGCUGCAGGCCCUCAUCAUCUGCCCCUUCCUGCUCAUGCUGCUCUACUGGUCGAUAUUCCCCGAGUCCCUCCGGUGGCUGAUGGCCACGCAGCAGUUUGAGGCUGCAAAGAAGCUGAUCCUGCACUUCACCCAGAAGAACUGCAUGAGCCCGGAGAGCGACAUCAAGGGCGUGAUGCCCGAGCUGGAGAAGGAGCUGUCCCGGAGGCCCAAGAAGGUGUGCAUCGUGAAGGUGGUGGGGACCCGGAACCUGUGGAAGAACAUCGUGGUCCUGUGUGUGAACUCGCUCACGGGGUUCGGCAUCCACCACUGCUUUGCCAGGAGCAUGAUGGGCCACGAGGUGAAGGUGCCGCUCCUGGAGAACUUCUACGCCGACUACUACACCAUGGCCAGCAUCGCGCUGGCCUCCUGCCUGGCCAUGUGUGUGGUGGUCAGGUUCCUGGGGCGCCGGGGAGGGCUGCUCCUCUUCAUGAUCCUCACGGCCCUGGCCUCGCUCCUGCAGCUCGGGCUCCUGAACCUGAUCGGAAAAUACAGCCAGCACCCGGACUCAGGGAUGAGUGACAGCGUCAAGGACAAGUUCUCCGUCGCAUUCUCCAUCGUGGGCAUGUUCGCCUCACACGCGGUGGGAAGCCUUAGCGUGUUCUUCUGUGCGGAGAUCACGCCCACCGUGAUAAGGUGCGGCGGGCUGGGGCUGGUGCUGGCCAGCGCGGGCUUCGGCAUGCUGACGGCGCCCAUCAUCGAGCUGCACAACCAGAAAGGCUACUUCCUGCACCACAUCAUCUUCGCCUGCUGCACGGUCAUCUGUAUCACCUGCAUCCUGCUGCUGCCCGAGAGCAGGGGCCAGACCCUGCCCGAGAACAUCUGCGACGGCGAGCGCUACACGCGGCAGCCCCUGCUGCCGCCCAGGAAGGGCGAGCAGCCGCUGCUGCUCACCAGCGCCGAGCUCAAGGACUACUCGGGCCUCCACGACGCAGCGGCGGUGGGCGACGGGCUGCCCGAGGGCGCCACGGCCAACGGCAUGAAGUCCAUGUAGCGGGCGCCCCACUGUCCCCAUGGGGGAGCUGAGGGGUGGGGGAGAGGGUCACAGGCCGGGGCCGUCGGCUGCUGCCCCAUCGGGAGACUUAACUGGUGUGGGGAAUCCUGUCUUUCCGCAAGUCCCCGGAGGAAACAACCCUUCGAAGACUUCUUUUCUGCCAUUAAACGUUUGUAUUUAUUUUGGUCAUUU